AUGGCGAUCCCAUCAAAUCUUAUGCAAUUCUCUGAAGACAUCAUCAAGCAAUUGACACCAGAAGAAAUCGAUGAGUUCCGUGAGGCAUUCAUGAUGUUCGAUAAGGACGGAAACGGUACCAUCUCGACGAAGGAAUUGGGAAUUGCGAUGAGAAGUCUGGGACAGAAUCCAACAGAGCAAGAGAUUCUAGAGAUGAUUAAUGAAGUUGAUAUCGAUGGAAACGGACAGAUUGAGUUCCCGGAGUUCUGUGUGAUGAUGAAGAGAAUGAUGAAAGAAACAGAUUCGGAAAUGAUCCGAGAGGCGUUCCGAGUAUUCGACAAAGAUGGCAACGGAGUUAUCACUGCGCAGGAAUUCAGAUAUUUCAUGGUCCACAUGGGAAUGCAGUUCUCAGAGGAAGAAGUCGAUGAAAUGAUCAAAGAAGUCGACGUGGACGGUGACGGAGAAAUCGAUUACGAAGAGUUCGUCAAAAUGAUGUCCAAUCAGUAA